AUGACUUUCUCUACCGAAUUGGCUAGGAAGCCUCAUGUCGCUGUCAACAUUGGAAAUUGGAAUUGCCCCAACUUGAUCUCCUUGCCAGAUGGGAUGCAGUCACUCAAAACACUGUAUAUUACAGGAUGUCCACAUUUGGAGAGGCGAUGCGAGAAAGAGAAAGGAGAGGACUGGCCAAAGAUAGCUCAUGUUCGUGAGAUUCGGAUCAAUGGUUGGAAAUACAGUUCCCUAAAGGGAUGGACUUGCAGUCGAGAGGUAGCUAGAGCAAGUUGGUGGCAGCAUAUAGAUGCCUAUGUAAAUCUCGUGGGGUUUUAUUUGGCCGGACUUACAGGACCUAUUGUCAUGGGUUUCAUUCUCCAUUUGGAUGGGAUAUUGGGAGGAUCUACUGUAAAAUCAUCUCCUCUCAUAGCCCGUUUCAUAGAUUGUCAAAAGAAGCAAAAGCUCUGUCUGCCUGCCAAGAAUGCCAUG